UGCAUGUCGCGUGAUUUUCGAUAUCAAUAUAAGGAAAAAUUAUUGUGGUACCCACAAAAUUAUCAAUUAGUACAGUAUAACAGAGAAAUUAAUGGCUGCGACAGUAUUGCGGACUAUAUGGAUAUGGACAGCUCGAGAAACGGUUUGAUCGCAGUACAUGUCGGUGCUGGUCAACAUUCUCUUACUCUGAAAGAAAAGUAUGAAAAACUCUGCUGCGUAGCAUGUAAAAAGGCAGCCGGUGUUUUAAAAUCUGGGGGAAAUGUGUUGGAUGCCGUAGUUGAAGCCACAAUCAUACUGGAAAAUUCGCCAUUGACAAAUGCUGGCUAUGGAUCAAAUCUCACAAUUGAUGGAAAAGUCGAAUGUGACGCCAGUGUUAUGGAUGGUUCAACACUACAGUUUGGAGCUGUAGGAGCUGUUGGUGGUAUAAAAAAUCCAGUCGCAGCUGCCAAUCUAUUGUGUAACCAGCAGUCAGGCAAUCUCACACAUGGCAGAAUUUUCCCCAGUUUCUUAGUUGGAGAUGGAGCGCAAUUGUGGGGUAAAGAAAAAGGUUUGGAAACAACGUCUGUGGAGGAUUUAAUCUCUGUCAAGGCUUUAAAGAUCUAUAAACACUAUAAGAGGAAAGUUCUCAGUUGUGAAAAUAUACAAAAGCAAAUUGCGAAGAAAAUGGAUACAGUUGGUGCCAUAUGCGUUGAUACAGAUGGAAAUGUUGCAUCUGCAUGUUCCAGUGGCGGUAUUAUUUUGAAGCAUCCUGGCAGAGUUGGGCAGGCCGCGGUCUGGGGUUGCGGCGUAUGGGCACGUAACGCGAGAAGUUACCUAGAUUGUUCAGUAGCAUCUAGUACAUCCGGAUGUGGGGAGCAUUUAAUUUCUGCAACCUUAGCUCGAUCUAUUGCUGAGGGCAUUUUAAGCUCAGACUGCCCAACCACUGCACUCCACAAUGUGAUGAAGAAUGAUUUCAUUGAGUCGCCUUUUUUAAAGGGACUUGACCAAAAGCUCGGUGGGACUAUAGCGAUUAAAUAUUCUCCCCAACAAUUCCUUGGAGAUCUACUCUGGAGCCAUUCAACAAAAUCAAUGAUUAUAGGGUACAUGAAUACGAGAGAAGCAAAGCCAAAGAGUCGCAUGUCUGUAUUGACUUCACCGGAAGUAGGCAGAAAAGCAGUCGUGGAAGGAGUCGGAUUUAGGAUAUGAACGAUGUAAUGUGCACAAUUACGCUUUCAAUAAAUUACACAAACAAUUUUUUUUACCAGUAA